GCUGCCCCGCCUGCACAAUGUCGUCUACUACCCUAGCCGCGCAGGCCAACACGCCCGCCAAGUCGCCCGCGAGCUCGAUCCGCGAGCCAACGGCCGCUGCCACCACCACCACGAGCGAGAAGGAUGCCACUGCCGCGCCUGAAGCCGAGGUCGCCCACGCCGCUGGCGCGCACGCGCCCCACCCGCUCUCGCAGCUCGGCCAGAGCCGCAAGCACCUCCUGCUGUUCAUCUUCGCCGUCGCGUCCUUCGUCGACGUGUGUAACGUCUCGGGUGUCGGUAUCGCCGGCGCGCAGAUCGCCUUUGACAUCAAGCUUGAGGUGUCGCAGAUUGUUUGGAUCAUCACGGCCUACUCGCUCACAUUCGCCUCGUUCCUCCUCUUCGCGGGCCGCCUGUCCGACCUGUUCCCUGCGCACCUCGUCUUCGAGGUCGGCUUCGUCGGCCUCGGCAUCAUGAGCAUCGUGCAGUCGUUCGUCACGCACAACAAGUACGGCUUCCUCAUCGUCCGCGGCCUCGGCGGCAUCAUGGGCGCGCUGACUAUCCCCUCGGGAUACCACCUCGCCGUGCACAUGUUCCCCGACCCGGUCGAGCAGCCCAAGAAGCUCGCUCUGCUCGGUAUCGCCGGUGCGCUGGGCAACGUCCUCGGUCUCGUCCUCGCCGGCCUGACCAUGCUCGCAUCCUACCACUGGUUCUUCCGCCUCAUGGGCAUCAUCUGCCUCGUCUUCUCCGUCAUCACCGUGUUCGUCCUCCCCGCCACCAAGGCCGACUACGACCCGGCCGACGGCCCGCGCUGGAAGCGCCUCGACCUCGUCGGCGUCGUGCUCAUGUCGGGCGCGCUCCUGUGCUUCAUCCUCGGCCUGACCCAGGGCCCCAUCGACGGCUGGGGCAAGGCGUCGUUCAUCGCGCCGUUCGUCAUCUCCAUCUUCCUCGGCGUCGGCUUCUUCGUCUUCGAGGCCAGGAUCCACCCGCGCUCCGCCGUCCUCCCCGCCACCGUGUGGAAGAUCAAGAACAUGAAGGUCGCGUCGCUCGUCACCCUCCUCCCCUUCUCCUUCUGGGCCACUAGCCAGCUGCUCUACGCCACCUACUGGCAGGUCGCCUUCGGCUGGCGCCCGCUCCACGUCGCCGCUGCCGCCCUCCCCCAGGGUAUCGCCGCGCUCAUCGUCGGCGGCCUCGUCCAGGCCGUCCCCGCCAUCAUCAACACGCCCCGCAUCACCAUCCCCGUUGGCAGCGUGCUCGUCAUGGUUGCCGAGGUCCUCAUGUACUACUCGGACGGCGGCAGCGGCAUGAACUACUGGAAGUACUGCUUCCCCGCGUUCGUCCUCGGCUCGGUCGGCGCCAUCUCCGUCUUCAUGGCCUCGGGCAUCAACCUCAUCGCCUUCUGCCCUCCCGAGAUGGGCGGCGUCGCUGGUGCCUGGACCCAGGUGCUCGCGCAGAUCGGCGGUGCCAUUGCCCUCGGCGUCCAGGCCGGCCUUGAGGGCACCGCCCUCGCCGACUGGAAGCACAACGCGCGCUCGUUCUGGUUCGAGUUUGCCGCCUUUGGCUUGCUCGCCGUCGUCUACGCCAUCUUCUACACCGAGCCCACUGGCGCCCUCGAGGAGCACCAGCUCACGCGCGAGCGUAUCGCCGAGCUUGAGGAGAAGUUUGCCCAGAAGGAGGCUGGCUCGCUGCCCUCGGCUUAAGCGCAGCGCCACGGGCGCAUGACGUGCCACAACCCAACCCAACUCCACACCCCUAUAGCCACACCACGCUUAGACUCUCCUUAGACUCCUGCUACUGUAUUUUUAUAAUUGAGAGGGCAUGCAGUAGAUCACUACAA